GCCCACCGCCAGCCGGAACCCGGGCUCCAGCGGGAGGAAGAGGGGACCCGGGGGCGCUGCCGGCCCCAGCUCAGGGGCCCACCUGCGGCCCCCGCCCCCGCCGCAGGCAAUGGGAGGCAGGUAGCCGGUUCGAGCCAGGCCACUCAGCGCGGGCAGGACCCGCCGAGGACCGCCAAGCCCAGAGAGAGGGCGGAGAGGAGCAGAGCGGCCGCAGCCCCGGCGGGGCCCUCCCCCGGCGGCGCGCACCGGCGCGCGCACCCACUUUCAUACAGCACCUCCGCUCCUGUCCAGCCUUGCCUGCCCCCCGCGAGUGCCGAACCCCCCUGGGGCCGAAUGCCAUGGGUAACAACUUCUCCAGCAUCCCCUCGCUGCCCCGAGGAAACCCGAGCCGAGCACCGCGGGGCCACCCCCAGAACCUCAAAGACUCCAUCGGGGGCCCCUUCCCUGUCACCUCCCACCGAUGCCACCACAAGCAGAAGCAUUGCCCACCGGUGCUGUCCAGUGGGGGGCUCCCAGCCACACCACUGCUCUUCCACCCACACACCAAGGGCUCUCAGAUCCUCAUGGACCUCAGCCACAAAGCAGUCAAGAGGCAGGCCAGCUUCUGCAAUGCCAUCACCUUCAGUAACCGCCCGGUCCUCAUCUACGAGCAAGUCAGGCUGAAGAUCAUCAAGAAGCAGUGCUGCUGGAGUGGGGCCCUGCGGCUGGGCUUCACAAGCAAGGACCCAUCUCGCAUCCACCCUGACUCGCUGCCCAAGUAUGCCUGCCCCGACCUGGUGUCCCAGAGUGGCUUCUGGGCCAAGGCACUGCCUGAGGAGUUUGCCAACGAGGGUAACAUCAUCGCCUUCUGGGUGGACAAGAAGGGCCGUGUCUUCUACCGCAUCAAUGACUCCACUGCUAUGCUCUUCUUCAACGGGGUCCGCACAGCUGACCCGCUCUGGGCCCUGGUGGAUGUCUACGGCCUCACGCAGGGCGUCCAGCUGCUUGACAGCGAGCUGGUGCUCCCCGACUGCCUGCGGCCGCGCUCCUUCACCGCCCUGCGCCGGCCGUCGCUGCGGCGCGAGGCGGACGAGGCGCGACUCUCUGUGAGCCUGUGCGACCUCAACAUGCCAGGCGCCGACAGCGACGAGGGUACGCCAGCCGCCGGCUGCCCCAUUCCACAGAACUCGCUCAACUCGCAGCACAGCCGCGCGCUGCCCGCUCAGCUCGACGGCGACCUGCGCUUUCACGCGCUGCGCGCUGGCGCGCACGUCCGCAUCCUGGACGAGCAAACGGUGGCGCGCCUGGAGCACGGGCGCGACGAGCGCGCGCUCGUCUUCACCAGCCGGCCCGUGCGCGUGGCCGAGACCAUCUUCGUCAAGGUCACGCGCUCUGGCGGUGCGCGGCCCGGCGCGCUCUCCUUCGGCGUCACCACGUGCGACCCCGGCACGCUGAGGCCGGCGGACCUGCCCUUCAGCCCUGAGGCCCUGGUGGACCGGAAGGAGUUCUGGGCCGUGUGCCGCGUGCCGGGGCCCCUGCACAGCGGCGACAUCCUGGGCCUGGUGGUCAACGCCGACGGCGAGCUGCACCUCAGCCACAACGGCGCCGCCGCCGGCAUGCAGCUGUGCGUAGACGUCUCGCAGCCGCUCUGGAUGCUCUUCAGCUUGCACGGGGCCAUCACGCAGAUCCGCAUCCUCGGCUCCACCAUCCUGGCAGAGCGGGGCAUCCCAUCACUCCCCUGCUCUCCUGCCUCCACACCAACUUCACCCAGUGCCCUGGGCAGCCGCCUCUCUGACCCCCUGCUCAGCACAUGCAGCUCUGGACUUUUGGGUAGCUCUACUGGUGGCACGACCCCCAACUCGCCAGUGAGCCUGCCUGAGUCACCCCUGACCCCAGGCAUGGGCCAGUGGAGCGAUGAGUGUACCAUUUGCUAUGAGCAUGCGGUGGACACAGUCAUCUACACAUGUGGCCACAUGUGCCUCUGUUACACCUGCGGCCUGCGCCUCAAGAAGGCUCUGCACGCCUGUUGCCCCAUCUGCCGCCGCCCCAUCAAGGACAUCAUCAAGACCUACCGCAGCUCGUAGCCCAGUGCGAUGCCCUGCCCCACAUGCCCACCUCCUCAGACUGGCUCAGUUCCAGCUGAGGGACAAGCCAACAGGACCCUUCUCUUCUUCCUCAUUUUGGAAACUGUUUUCUCCAUUAAACAUGAGAAACUGAGGCUCCUUAAGGUUUGGAGAGACAGAAGGGGUGUCAGGCAGGGAGGCGGGGGCAUAAGCAGAUUGCCUUGCAGAGGGGAGGGGAGGAGUCCCUAUCUUUCCCUUCUCUGCACCUGACUUUACCCUGCAUGCUGAGGGGCUAAAUUGGAGUCUCAGCCUGUUCUAGUCUUGCCCCAUCUGGGGCCGAUUUCUUGGAGGUCCCUUUAGUCCAUGUGGCAUCUUUGUGAGAAGUGAAAAAUGCUCCCUUUCCUCUGGGCAGAUGUGCUUGGCUAGUGGAGUAUAGACUGUAUUUCAGCCUUCAUUUGCUCCUUCUGCCAGCUGCCCUUGAGCAGUGCAUAACGUGCUCGACAGCAGCCCUGGGCAGGCAGCUCCUGAGCUGCUUUUUGCUCUCUCACCUACGCCACCUCCUCCUUCCUCUCUUCCCUGCUCUGUGGGCCUGGCAGCCUGGGGUCAGAGACCAGUGGAUGCCCUUCGUCCCUGUGCAGGCUGCAGCCUCCAUGCCAUGUCUCUCUUCCACCCACCCAAGAUGGGUGGACAUACAGGCUGCAGAAGGCUCCAGAUUCUGGGCCCCUGGGCCCCUGGACCCCUGCCUGGCUGAGAUGGGUAGGCCCCUUCCUGGCUGUAGCCUUUCUGUCCCAAUCAUCUCACUGGCUACUGCUCCCCAGGGGAGGCCGUUUGGUGCAGGCUCAGGAUUGGGGUCUGUCUUCUGUCAGGGUCUCCAAGAACAGAUUUGCAGCCACCUUCUCUGACCUGUCCCCCCACAUCUCAGUGCUGACCUGGGCUGAUGCUCAGAAUGGCUGUAGCAUCCCUGGGAGGGGGCCAGGGGCCUGGGUUGGUGGGGGGAUUUCUCUGGGGUAAGAUCAGCCUUUCCCCUUAUCUUUAUUUAUUUAUUUAUUUAGGUUUGUGGGUUUUGUUUUUGUUUUUGUUUUGGUGGGUGAGUUUCCAUCACCAAGGCCCCUAGAAAUGCUUCCCUUGUCGGGGGCCUGGUGAGCACGGGCAUCAGAAGUGUAGCUGUCAUUCAAAACCUUCCCCAGACUCCAGCCCCAAAGCCCAUGGCUGGCCCUGCUCACUGUAAAUUGGAACUCCAGCAUGAAUUGGAACUAGAGAAAGGGACCGAGUUGGGAGACCUCCUGAUGAAUUGUGUCCAUUUCAUAGAAAGGCACACGGAACCCCCUUAAUGCCCUGGAGUUGGAGGGUCACCUGGAGCCUCACAGUGCCCUUCUUCCCUGGGCUGGAGCAGGGUCAUCAUGGUUGGCUCAGAUGCAUCAGGGGAGCCCAGCUUGGAGCCAGAGAACAGGGAUCGGGGUGCUUGUCAUAGGAGGGCAGGGGGCCUGUUCUUAGGAAAGGCUCUCCAUCCUGGGAAGAUGAGAAGGAAAGGGCCAGGGUCCCAACACCCCUGGGUCUUUAUAUCUGGUUCCGGGGUGAGUCAAUGCCCCCUUAGGGUACAGUCAUCUCAGCCCUGCUCACCCUGUCCUGAUUGGCUGGGGGCUGGUUUCAGCUCCUGCAGCCCUCUUCCCCCUUACUGGCUUUUUUAUGCCCAUCAGAGACUGCUGCUCCCUGUGAUAGGCAGAGCAUGGGGCCGGUGGUGAGGCCACUAGGACUCUGGUCCUGGCCACUGACCACUUGCGUGGCCCUGGCCAGGUCAGAGCCCCUCCGAGCCUCAGCUUCCACUUCUGUAAAAUGGUUGUGGGGGUCUCGGGCAGACUGCAUGACUCUGGGGAGUUCUUUGGAGAGAGGCUGCAGUGGUGUGGUGCCACAGGAGAGUACUGGGUAGUGGCCCCAUUUGGCCAGGGGUCUCACCUCAGAGGCAAAGAAGGGUCUCAAAGUCAGGGACUUUGUGGCCUGAGGGUUAGGAAGAGGAAGCCAUGCAUCCCAUUGUUUCUCUGUUAGUGUGGGGAGGGGAGGGGGAGCAGCCCUGCCUCCCUUUGUGAACUCUGGUCUCUGUGAUUGUGAAUAAAGGUGAUUUCG